GAUAAGAAGAAAAGGAGUCACAUGUAGCCAGGCCUGCGGAUUGUUGGAAUCAGACCAGCUACGGCAGAAUAACCGUGAGAGGGGCUGGGCCAAGAUGACGGCGAAUUACUUGGCGGUUCCGCUGAAAAAGACCUCCGAGGUCGACAUAAUCAAACCAUUGGCCAACGUAAUAUCUGCCUACUACUCCACCGCCGACGACCCGUCCAACUACAACGAAGCCCUGACGGAGCUGAACAAGCUUCGCAUGAACGCAACAUGGAGAACCCUCGACAAGCACGAAAGUUCGUUGGAUAUUAUGUACAGGUAUUACGAUCAGCUCACGUCGCUCGAAUCCAAGGUUCCACCCAACGACAUACAGAUACCAUUCAAAUGGAAGGAUGCAUUUGACAAGGGUGGAUUCUUUAGUGGAACAGCCAGUUUAACACUCUCUUCUCUUAGCUAUGAAAAGCUUUGCAUCCUCUUCAACAUCGCUGCAAUGCAAUCUCAGAUUGCAGCAGGCAUGGGUGCAGACAUUAGUGAUGACGAAGGACUGAAGACUUGCGCAAAGUACUUUCAGCAAGCCAGCGGGAUCUUCCAGCAGAUGAAGCACUGUGCACCCAAUGUUCAUCACGACCUGACUCCCGACCUUGAAGCUGACACGGUGUCUGCCCUGCAGGCAUUGAUGUUAGCGCAAGCACAGGAAAGCUUCUUCCGCAAGGCAACUGCUGAUAAAAUGAAAGACAUGAUCAUCGCAAAAGUAGCAUCACAGUGUGAAGAGCUGUACGGUGAUGCAGCCAAACAGAUGGGAAGAGAUUCUCUCAAGAGCAUAUGGGAUAGGGAAUGGCUUCCGAUAGUGGUCAGCAAACAGGCAGCGUUCGGCGCCAUAGCACAGUACCACCAGGCACUGUUGUGCCACGCAAACAAGAACGUUGGCGAAGAGUUGGCAAGGCUACAGCAUGCCAUGGACCUGAUGAAGACCUCCGAAGCACAGGCUGGGCCGUCGUUCUCGUUUCGCGACGAGGUCAGAAAGAUCUCCCUCUUGUACGAGGAUGUCAAGAAGGACAACGACUUCAUCUACCAUGCCCGCGUGCCUGAGAUCAGGAGCCUGUCGGCCAUUGGCAAAGCUGUGCUAGCCAAGCCUCUGCCGGUCCCCGAGAAGUUCAGCACUUCCGGUCAAGAUCUUUUUGGUGCCUUGCUGCCAGUGUCUGUCAGUCAGGCCGUGCAAAAGUUCGAAGUCCGGAAGACUGAGAUUGUGAAUGGGGAGAUUGCCCGGCUAAGGCAGCAGACUCAGUUCCUGAAUGGGGUGCUAGCAUCUAUGAACCUGCCAGCUGCCUUGGAAGACACGACUGGCAACAGCCUUCCUCCCAGCAUUCGGGACAAGGCUGAAGCCGUCAGGGCCAAAGGUGGCAUCCAGGCCAUUCGGAAGCUGAUCAGUGACCUCCCUGUGCUGCUCGAGAGGAAUCGCGAAAUUCUCAACGAGGGUGAGCGACUUCUGAAGGAAGAAGAAGAGUCCGACCGAGAGCUGCGAGCGCAGUUUCGGGAGCGAUGGACACGCAGUCCUUCGGAGAAACUCAACGAACCUCUGCGAAACAGCCUGGCCAAGUACAAGGAGAUCAUGCGUGUGGCUACCGAGGCAGACAAGACGGUGCAGGAGAAGUUUCAAAAGCACCAGCGCCACAUUGAGCUGCUCAGCGCAUCAGAU